AAGUAGAAUUAGAAAAAAGUAGAAAACUAAAUUUUUCAUUAAAAUUUAAAGAAUAGCUACGUAUUUAAAUGAAAAGUUUUUAUUAAAAAAAUAUUAUUAAAAUAUACAAAAUUGUAAGAAGAAAAACAUAUCCUAUGAUCAAAUUAAAAAACAAGAUAUAAUUACAGUCAACAUAAUGGGAAACACUGAUUCAAAAUUAAUUUUUCGCAAGGCAAUAGUUCAAUUAACCAGUAAAAAUCAAGUAAUCGAAGCCAAAGAUGAAACAUUUUGGGAGCAGUUUUGGUCAGAUCAUUCAACUAGUAUACAUGAUGUAUUUUCUUUAAUUCCUCCAAAUGAGAUUAGAUUGUUACGGGAUAAUAAUCCAGCUAAUUUAGCUACACUGUGUUACAAGGCCACAGAAAGGUUAACAAAAGCUGUAGACAAUAGUUGUCGAACUCAAACAGAACAGCAGGCUGUUUUAAAUUGCGUCCGCGUAUUAACUAGAAUAUUACCAUAUAUAUUUGAAAGUAGCGAAUGGAAAGAUUUUUUUUGGAAUUCAUUACCUACUAUCAGUGAACAUGAUGACAAUUCUCCACCAUUAGCACAUAGCCUAUUAAAUGCUAUUUCGGAUUUAUUAUUUUGCCCAGAUUUCACUGUAUCACCUGUUCGAAAGGCAGGUCCAGAUAAGGCUGAAGAUUUAUGUAAUAUAGAUAGUUGUGAAUACAUUUGGGAAACAGGGGUUGGAUUUGCUCAUUCGCCACCAAAAAGCGCUCAAUUAGAACAAAGGCGUACUGAAUUUUUAAAAUUGCUUUUAACUUGUUUUAGUGAAACUAUUUAUCGUAAUCCAAAUAAAACUGAUGAACCAAAUAAAUGGAUAGCAUAUUUUACAAGCGCAGAAAAUCGUCAUGCUUUGCCACUUUUCACAUCUUUUUUGAAUACAGUUUGCGCCUAUGACCCUGUUGGUUUAGGUGUUCCUUACAAUCACUUAAUAUUUUCGGACACAACUGAACCUUUAGUAGAAGUUUGCUUACAAAUAUUAAUUGUAACUUUAGACCAUGACAUGAUUCAACAUUCCACAACUCCUACUUAUGACGAAGGCUUAGGAGAUAAUUUAUUCAUUAAUUAUCUGUCAAGAAUUCAUCGAGAUGAAGACUUUCAAUUUAUUUUAAAAGGUAUUACACGACUUUUAAACAAUCCACUGGUGCAAAGCUACUUACCCAAUUCCACAAAAAGGUUGCAUUGUCACCAAGAACUUUUAGUUUUCUUCUGGAAAAUAUGCGAUUACAAUAAGAAAUUUUUGUACUUUGUGCUCAAAAGUAGUGAUGUUUUAGACGUUCUUGUACCAAUUUUGUAUCACCUCAAUGAUUCCAGAGCUGAUCAAUCAAGAGUUGGUUUAAUGCAUAUUGGAGUUUUUAUAUUACUAUUAUUAUCGGGGGAAAGAAACUUCGGGGUACGUCUAAAUAAACCAUACACUGCGACGGUGCCAAUGGAUAUACCAGUUUUUACAGGAACUCACGCAGAUUUGUUAAUUACAGUUUUUCAUAAAAUUAUUGCAACGGGUCACCAAAGAUUGCAACCCUUGUUUGAUUGUUUAUUAACAAUUUUAGUUAAUGUCUCACCAUAUUUGAAAACAUUGUCAAUGGUAGCUAGUGUAAAGUUAUUGCAUUUAUUAGAGGCAUUUAGCACACCUUGGUUUUUAUUUUCUUCACCAUCGAAUCAUCAUUUAGUAUUCUUCUUAUUAGAAAUAUUUAAUAAUAUUAUACAAUAUCAGUUCGAUGGGAAUUCAAAUUUAGUUUACACUAUUAUAAGAAAAAGGCAUUUAUUUCAUGCACUGGCGAAUCUUCCAUCGGAUAUGCCUGGAAUAGCGAAAUGUUUAAGUGCUAGGAAACAUGGUAGAUUUAAGAGUGCAAAAGUAAUCUCAAAACCAGAGCCAAAAGAAGAUAUCGUUGCCGAAGAAGAAAAUGAAGAAUCGAAUAAUGAGGAGGAAACUAAAACUGAUAUUGUUGAAGAAUCUAUGGAAGGUUCAACUCCAGCUAAAGAAGCUGAACCUGGCACACUUCAAGCAUCCUUACUUGAUACUCCCGGUAUAACACAAAUGACAGAAAAGGAAUCCGCAAACCCCGAAAAUGAAAAAGUGGAUGAAUUGACUGAGUUUGCUGAAUCAAAGGAUAGUGAUAAAUCUCUUAGCCCAAAAAUAUCUCUUAGCCCUAAAAAUUCUCCUGAAAAAGAGGAGCAAGUUGAAAAGUUAAAACGAUCUGUACAACAACGUGGUAGUAUAAGAGUCUCAUCAUCAUCGAAUAAUAUAGGAAAAACGUGGACACCAACUGCUGAAUGGGUUUCUUCAUGGAAAUCUAAAUUGCCGUUACAAACAAUUAUGCGUUUAUUGCAAGUACUUGUUCCUCAAGUAGAAAAAAUAUGUAUUGAUAAGGGACUAACCGAUGAAUCUGAAAUUUUAAAAUUUUUACAACAUGGAACUUUAGUAGGUUUAUUACCUGUUCCUCAUCCAAUUUUAAUCAGAAAGUAUCAAGCUAAUACUGGAACAACAGCUUGGUUUAGAACUUAUAUGUGGGGUGUCAUUUACUUAAGAAAUGUUGAUCCAGCUAUUUGGUACGAAACCGAAGUAAAAUUAUUUGAAAUACAAAGAGUUUAGAAAUUUAUUGUUUUGUCUUUACUUGCAUACUACACUCAAUUUAUACAAAUAUGUACUUCAUAUUAAAUCAAAAACUGUAUUCCAUUAUAAAUUUAUAUAAAUUUAUAUACUGAUACAAUAUAAAUUAUAUACAAAUUCUUAAUCAAAACAUAUUCAUAUGUGUAUAUUAAUUUCGCUGUAUUUUUACCACUUUGAUUAAUUUUAAUCUAGUGCAAUUCAUUUUAAUUAAGUUAAAAGAUAUUUAUAUUUCAAUGUAAAAUAUAAUGCAUAAAUUAUCAAAU